AUGGCGGCGCAGGAAACUGCCGUACCAGCAACACCUAACGACCUUCCCAGCACUCAGGACACAGCAGGCCUCUUCCGUAGUUUCGUCUACAAGCUCGCUCAUGUCUGUGAUAACACUAGUGGAGGAACGACGAUGACGGCAUUCACGAUUCUCCGCACCGUCUCAGGUGGUGUUCGAUACUUUUUCGCGUCUAAUCAAAGGCUGCCGGGAGAGCUGGACGCAACACAGGAAUAUGUCGUCAGACUAUUACGUCUCGUGAAUGAUUCUCCACCACGGUCAAAGAUCACGGGUUUGGCAGAGGACGAAGUGCUCAAGGCCGUACUCUUAUUCAACCAGAAGAGAUUGACAGGUUAUUUUAGAAGACUCGGGUUCCAAGCAAGAGAUUGCUCAGACAACGCUUCCGCAUUGGAGUCAAACAAUGAAGAGCUAGUCACCAGCAGUAUUCGGAACUUCAUAGAGUCAUCCCAACUGGAAACAGCAUUGCCGGCUGAAGGGUCUGAAUUCGUUAACAGAAUCGUGGAGUUGCUAAGAUGCGUUUCCAUCUUGUCGAAAUCACCAGCCGGUGCGUUGAUCCAAGAGCAAGCACGGCAAGGCCGCAUGCUUGGUCACAAGAGCCAGGAAUGUUGGUCAGAGUUUCAACAUACUCUAAGCCGUAUCAUGGCAUACAUUGAAUCCGUCAAUUUCCUACGACAGGCCCAAAAGAUCUGGCCGGUUCUGUUUAAUCGUUACGAAGUCGUUGCUCUCCCCUCAAGUAAGCCGAUCCCGAGACCAUCGCGCCGAAAGAGCGAGACUGCCAGCGCAAUCGUUGGGCGGAUGACGAGAAAGCAGGAAAAAAUGGAUCUAUUUCGAGACUAUGUGGCAUCACUGCAAAAUUUCGACCUGGAUGAAAGGCUGCGGAAGGAGUGGCGAAAGGAUAGUUUCCGGCCGAUUGUGCAUGCCGAAAUAGUGCUCUUGGACUGGUUAGAGCGAAACGGCGGUGUCAUGAGCCAGAGGUUCUUCAACGACUGGAAAUACAUUGGUGGCAGUAAACCGACGUGCAAGCUCUGUCACUAUUACUUCGAACUGCAUGAUGCGCGAGUGGGCCACAGAUCAAGCCACGGCAAUCUCUACCCUAGCUGGCGCUUCCCAGACGUUUUCGAAGUGCAAGGUGAGGAGGGCGCAAAGGCAAGGCAGGUCAUGAUGAGGCGAGUACUGGACAGGAUUCGAGAGGAUGCUUUUGCGCUGGUGGAGCAAAAGGUGCCAGCGAGUUACAAGCACCACGACUCCAACACAUUCUCCACCAUGUUCACGUUUCAAGACAGACUCACGGCCGAGGGAAAGAGCAUAGAUGGUACUCGUAUGGAUGAGAUUGAGCGACUCAUGAAGCAAACCAUUAUAGGAAAUAAGUGA